CCAAACUUCUUGGCAGCCGCCCCUCUUCUCCAUUCCUCUCUCUCUCUCUCUCUCUCUCUCUCUCUCUCUCUCUUCGUUCGCUUGCUCGCUCGCUCGCUCGCUCGCGGUGACGAUGAAGGGGCCGGGACUCUACUCCGAUAUCGGGAAGACGGCCAAAGAUCUGCUCACGAAGGACUAUAAUUUUGACCACAAGUUGACAAUCUCGACCCAGAGCUCUUCCGGAGUGGCCCUUACAUCUGGUGCACUGAAGAAAGGGGGACUGUUUUCUUUCGACAUAGGCACGGUGUACAAAUACAAGGGCACCACCAUUGAUGUUAAAGUUGAUACAAAUUCAAAUAUCUCAUCAACUCUCACUUUCACGGAUCUUUUGCCAUCCACAAAGGCUAUCGCUACACUGAAGCUGCCAGAUUAUAACGCCGGGAAGGUGGAGGUUCAAUAUUUCCAUGAUCAUGCAACUGUUGCAUCAGCCGUAGCUGUGAAGCAGUCCCCAGUUGUCGAUUUCUCGGCCACAGUUGGCGCUCAUGGUGUUGCCUUUGGUGCCGAGGCAGGCUUUGACACUGCAUCAGGAAACUUCACCAAAUACAGUCUUGCCAUUGGUCUGACAAAGCCUGAUUACGCUGUUUCCUUGAUUCUGGGAGACAUGGGAGACUCAAUCAAAGGAUCAUACUUGCAUUAUCUUGAUGAGAAACAGAAAAGCGCUGCGGUCGGAGAGGUCACCAGGAAGUUCUCUACAAAUGAGAAUACGUUUACUGUUGGAGCAGCAUACGAACUGGAUCCCUUCAUGACAGUUAAGAGCAAGCUAAACAAUUCCGGGAAGUUGGGGGUUGCUUUACUGCAUAAAGUGAAACCCAUGUCCACCCUGACAAUCUCGGGCGAGUUCGACACCAAAGCCUUGGACAAGACUCCAAAGUUUGGUUUAGCUCUGGCUCUCAAGCCCUGAUAAAAGUCGUAAUAUUGAAUUUUCGGUCGGGUUAAAAGAAUUACUAGCAAUAAGAAUUGUUCCGCAGAUUUUUCUCGUCUUGUGAAGUUUUCGAUUGCUGUGGAUGACUCAAUUCAUUUUUGUGAAGGGUGUAUUUAAACCCUUCAUGAACUGGUCAUUUUGUUGUAGUACCUGUUGUUGUCUUUGAAGUUAGAAUAGCUCUGCAGCAUUCCACAAAAUGCUUCUGUUAUUUGUGCUUGAGAUUUCUUUGAAUUCAAUUUUCCCUAAGCUUUGUUUUUGGUGACCA